CCCACUCCGUCCCCAGAGUAUAAGAAGGCCUGUGAACCCUUCAGGAACAAAAACAUUUGUGUCACGAACAGACGAGGACAGACGAGAACAGCCAUGGUGAUCUACACAGUAACGGCGCACACAGGAAAGGGGCUCUUGGCGGGCACCACUAGCCUUAUCUCUAUCCAGCUGCGUGGUACUGAGGCUGAGAGUGAGGAACAGAAUCUGAACCACCUUCAGGGGUUACCGCACGGAUCGGUGCGAGCAUUUAAGAUACGCUGUAAGGCGUCCCUGGGAGAGCUCGUAUCUGUCGAGAUCUACUCCAAGCCGUUUAUGGGUCUUCUUUACAACCAGUGGUUCUGCGAUAAGAUCUUGAUCAAGACGCCCGAAGGUGAUGAGAUUUUGUUUCCGUGCUACAGCUGGCUUGACAAUAACGAGAGGCUCGUUUUAAGCCCUGCUAAAGCUUUACUCGUGUUCCAGGACAUCAACCCAAAAUCCCAAAGACAAAGGACGAGGCAGCUAGAAGAGCAACAAAAGUUAUUUAGGUGGCGUGUGUAUGUUGAGGGCAUGCCCCAAAUUAUCGAUUACGACACUGCCGUUGCUCUGCCAGCUGAAGUCCGAUUCUCUUUCACAAAGGAAACAGAGUUUAACUAUAAUGCUGGAAAGCAGUUAGCUGCUCUGAAACUAACUGGAUUAGCUGACAGUAGAAGAUCGUGGGAAAGCCUCAGCCAACUGGAAGUAAUUCUUUGUGAAAACAGAGUGAAAACCAUUGAAUACGUUCAGAAGCACUGGGAUGAGGACAAGUUCUUUGGUUACCAGUUUCUGAAUGGCCUCAAUCCCAUGAUGAUCCAGCGCUGCUCAAAGCUGCCCGCGAAUUUCCCCGUCACAGACGACAUGGUCAAAGACUCCCUAAGUGGGAGCAGCUUGAAACAGGAGAUGAAGAAAGGGAACAUCUUCCUGUCUGACUAUAAGAUGUUGGACGGGCUGGUGGGAAAUGUAGUCAAUGGCAGGCAGCAGUACCUCACGGCUCCCCUGGUCCUGCUGUACAGUAACCCCCAUGGCAUGAUGCUGCCCAUCGCCAUACAGUUACAGCAAAAGCCCAGCAAAGAGAAUCCCAUCUUCCUCCCAACGGAUUCAAAGGCAGACUGGAAACUGGCCAAGAUCUUCGUUCGAAAUGCAGAGUUUGCCGUUCACGAGGUCGACUUUCACCUGCUGAGAACUCACCUGCUGGCAGAGGUGUUCACCAUGGCGACGUUGCGCAAUCUUCCGCCUCCACACCCUCUCUACAAGCUCCUCUUUCCCCAUAUCCGAUACACGCUCCAGAUCAACAUCAUGGCCCGGAAUCGGCUGAUAUCCAAGGAUGGGGUCAUUACCAUGUAUGCAGGAGUAGGUGGAGAGUCAUUGGCAAAGUUGCUGAAGCGUGCUACUGCCUCCCUGACCUACAGCGCCCUCUGUCUUCCUGAUAACAUCUCUGAGAGAGGCCUGGAGAAUGUACCCCACUACUACUACAGAGAUGAUGGGAUGAAACUGUGGAACAUCAUCAACAAGUUUGUUGUGGCUUUCUUGUCACACUACUAUCAAUGUGAUGCACACGUGCAGAAGGACACAGAGCUGCAGCGAUGGAUCAGGGAGAUAUUCACCAAUGGCUUCCUGGGAAGAGAUGGCUCAGGAAUACCAUCAUCUCUUCAGACUGUGACGGAGCUCAUCAAGUUUGUCACCAUGGUGAUCUUCACUGCAUCAGCCCAACAUGCCGCUCUAAACAAUGGACAGUUUGAGUUUGGCGGCUGGAUGCCUAACUUCCCCAGUGCCCUCAGAAAGCCCCCUCCCAAGGAGAAAGGCCAGACCACUGAGGACACGAUCCUGGAGACCCUUCCUGAUGUAAGCACGACGGUGAAAAUAAUGGCUGUCCUGAGACUGCUGAGCAAGGAUUCUGCAGACAAAUACCCUCUGGGACAUUUCCCAGAAAAUCUGCAUGAUGAAGAGGUCCCCUGCAAGCUCAUUGAAGAGUUUCAGAAGGAUCUGAGGGAGUUGUCGGAUCUCAUCGAGGAGCGGGACAAGUAUUUGGAGCUUCCCUACACCUAUCUGAACCCCAAAAAUGUGGACAACAGUGUAGUCAUUUGAAAGUAUUUAAAGUAGUCCUUCUUAAUACAAACCCGAUUCCAAAAAAGUUGGGACACUGUACAAAUUGUGAAUAAAAAAUGAAUGCAAUAAUUUACAAAUCUCAUGAACUUAUAUUUUAUUCACAAUAGAAUAUAGAUAACAUAUCAAAUGUUGAAGGUGAGACAUUUUGAAAUGUCAUGCCAAAUAUUAGCUCAUUUUGGAUUUCAUGAGAGCUACACAUUCCAAAAAAGUUGGGACAGGUAGCAAUAAGAGGCCGGAAAAGUUAAAUGUACAUAUAAGGAACAGCUGGAGGACCAAUUUGCAACUUAUUAGGUCAAUUGGCAACAUGAUUGGGUAUAAAAAGAGCCUCUCAGAGUGGCAGUGUCUCUCAGAAGUCAAGAUGGGCAGAGGAUCACCAAUUCCCCCAAUGCUGCGGCGAAAAAUAGUGGAGCAAUAUCAGAAAGGAGUUUCUCAGAGAAAAAUUGCCAAGAGUUUGAAGUUAUCAUCAUCAUCUACAGCGCAUAAUAUCAUCUACAGUGCAUCUCUGAUGGUAUGGGGUUGCAUGAGUGCGUGUGGCAUGGGCAGCUUACACAUCUGGAAAGGCACCAUCAAUGCUGAAAGGUAUAUCCAAGUUCUAGAACAUAUGCUCCCAUCCAGAUGUCGUCUCUUUCAGGGAAGACCUUGCAUUUUCCAACAUGACAAUGCCAGACCACAUACUGCAUCAAUUACAACAUCAUGGCUGCGUAGAAGAAGGAUCCGGGUACUGAAAUGGCCAGCCUGCAGUCCAGAUCUUUCACCCAUAGAAAACAUUUGGCACAUCAUAAAGAGGAAGAUGCGACAAAGAAGACCUAAGACAGUUGAGCAACUAGAAGCCUGUAUUAGACAAGAAUGGGACAACAUUCCUAUUCCUAAACUUGAGCAACUUGUCUCCUCAGUCCCCAGACGUUUGUAGACUGUUAUAAAAAGAAGAGGGGAUGCCACACAGUGGUAAACAUGGCCUUGUCCCAACUUUUUUGAGAUGUGUUGAUGCCAUGAAAUUUAAAAUCGACUUAUUUUUCCUUUAAAAUGAUACAUUUUCUCAGUUUAAACAUUUGAUAUGUCAUCUAUGUUGUAUUCUGAAUAAAAUAUUGAAAUUUGAAACUUCCACAUCAUUGCAUUCUGUUUUUAUUCACAAUUUGUACAGUGUCCCAACUUUUUUGGAAUCGGGUUUGUAUGUUUGUAUUUCUAUUAAUAACUUUGUCAAUAAAAAUAAAGACCAAAGCAAAAAUAACAAAGUGAGAUCAUGAUAUUUCCUCUCAGGGAAAGUAAAUAAUGUGAAAGGCA